AUGGCCAUGCGUUUCAUGAAUUCAUUUAAGGCAAGAAUGAUCGAUGAAGAGUUCAUACGGCAAUUCGCAGAGCUGUGCCUCAAGCAUACAAAGUUUGUUGAGGACGCUGACGCGAUACGACAGAUGCAGGUUGACUGGAUCCGUACAUGUGAACAAAGGAAACUAGCACCACUUGGGUUACGAUUGUACGAUUUGUUCAAACGUUAUGGAGUCAAUCUGGAAAACGACGAAAAAGUUCGCCUAUGGGAGCUUGUAGGAGAGCAUGAACUCCUAGCAAAACGUUGGAUUUACGAGCCGGAAGGAUUCCUGAAAAUCCGCUCUGAUGACGAUUUGAUUCGUUCUACAGACAUAUGGCAGAUUCAACAAGUUCUUAAGAACGAGGUCUCAACUCUUCGGAGUUCGGCCUCAUAA